CAAAUGCAGGAGAGGGUUCCUCACGAUGAUUCCAGAUUACAUCAGGACAUAAACAAAUUGAUAGCGGCUGCUGAAUACACUGCGGAUGCCACCCUUAACUCUGCAAAAUUUGCAUCCCGAGCCCUUGCCUCCAGCAUCACCUCCAGGAGGCUGUUAUGGCUCAGACAAUGGCAAGCCGACAUGAAGACCAAAUGGCGGUUAGCGGCUGCCCCCUUUAAGGGUGGAUCUCUCUUUGGGGAAGCCCUAGAUCCUAUUUUAGUUGAGGGAAAAGACAAACGUAAGAUCCUUCCCCACGUCUCCAGACGUUUAGACAGACGGCCUUCUCUACCUUACCGCAGACAGCCUUUUCGCGCCCAGGAUCCCGGGUUUCAAUCCCCGGCCCAUCAACGCUCCUUCCAACCUCCCACUGACAGGUUUCAGGACAGACAGUCCUUUCGUGAUAGGACCAGACAAUCCCAGACCAGACGUCCCUAUCGCGGAUCCGGCUUCCGACCUUAUCGCAGGAACAAAUGACUAUCCCGGCCAGGAUCCCAUCGGCGGUCGUCUCACCAAGUUCGUCCCUACCUGGUCCCACACAACAACCGAUGCCUGGGUACUGCAGACCAUCUCUCUGGGUCUCUCCCUCGAAUUCAAUUCAAAUCCUCCGAGGAGAUUCAUCCAAUGCCAGAUUCCCAAAGACCCCACCAAGAGGGCUCAAAUGGAAGACGAGAUUCAACACCUGUUAUCCAUCAGUGCCAUAGAACCGGUUCCCAUGCCCCACCAGGGGACCGGCUUCUAUUCAAUUCUUUUCCUGGUGGACAAAAAAUCAGGCGGCACCAGAGCCAUCUUAGACCUGAAGCAACUGAACCUUCACAUCAAAUACCGCAGAUUCAAGAUGCACUCCCUCAAUUCAAUCUUAGGAAGCAUCAGAAGAGGGGACUUUCUAACAUCCAUCGACCUCAAGGAGGCCUAUCUACAUGUCCCCAUCAGACCAGCCCACAGACGCUUUCUCAGGUUCAGUUAUGCCGGAGCCCAUUUCCAAUACAGGGCCCUGCCCUUUGGUCUAUCUUCCGCUCCUCGUACCUUCACCAAGAUUCUGGAUGCCGUGGCGGCCCAUCUUCGCACAAUUCCAGUAAGAAUGCAAUGUUACCUGGACGAUAUAUUGAUUCAGUCGGCUUCCGCCCAACAGGCGUUAUGGGACUUACAGGUAACAAUUCAAGUCCUACAAGAUCACGGUUUUUCGGUCAACAAAGCAAAGAGCCAUUUAGUGCCUACGACCGAAAUUGUCCAUCUGGGAGCAAGAAUCAACACCAGAUCCUGCCAGGUGUUUCUUUCCCGAGACCGUCUCCUCAACAUGAGAGACACGAUAAAAAAGGAAGCCAGAGGUUAUCAUUCCGUUUUUUUCCAGUUUUCAAAUUGAGUUCGUCUUCUCCAAUACCGCUUCUUCGUUAAUAAACUGGAGCUAAACAGGAAGAGGAGGCGUGUUUAAACAAAUUCAACUCAGUCUCAGGCCAAUCAGAUGAAGUUAACAACCCAUUGCUUUGGACUCUCACGCAGCGUACAUAGAAGGAAC